CAGGAAGCAGGCCUAUGGCUGUAGGAAGGAACAACACAAUUGUGACAAAAUUCAUCCUCCUGGGAUUUUCAGAUCAUCCUCAAAUGAAGAUUUUCCUUUUUGUGUUGUUUCUGGGGAUCUACCUCCUGACCCUGGCCUGGAACCUGAGCCUCAUCGCCCUCAUCAGGAUGGACUCUCACCUGCACACGCCCAUGUACUUCUUCCUCAGUAACCUGUCCUUCCUGGAUAUCUGCUAUGUGUCUUCCACAGCCCCCAAGAUGCUCUCCAACAUCAUCACAGAGCAGAAAACCAUUUCCUUCGUUGGCUGUGCCACGCAGUACUUCGUCUUCUGUGGGAUGGGGCUGACCGAGUGCUUUCUCCUGGCAGCCAUGGCCUAUGACCGGUACGCUGCCAUCUGCAACCCACUGCUCUACACAGCCCUCGUAUCCCACACACUUUGCUUAAAGAUGGUGGCUGGCGCCUAUGUGGGUGGAUUCCUUAGUUCUUUGAUUGAAACAUACUCCAUCUAUCAGCACGAUUUCUGUGGGCCCAACAUGAUCAACCACUUCUUCUGUGACCUCCCUCCAGUCCUGGCUCUGUCCUGCUCUGAUACCCUCACUAGCCAGGUGUUGACCUUCGCAGUGGGCAUUCUCGUUGGAGUGGCAUCUGUCUUUGUGGUCCUCAUCUCUUAUGGUUACAUUGUUGCUGUGGUUCUGAAGAUCAGCUCAGCUGAAGGUAGGACCAAGGCCUUCAGCACCUGUGCCUCUCAUUUGACUGCUGUGACCCUCUUCUAUGGCUCUGGUCUCUUCAUGUACAUGCGACCUAGUUCCAGCUACUCCCUAAACCGGGACAAGGUGGUGUCUGUAUUCUAUGCCGUGGUGAUCCCCAUGGCGAAUCCCAUCAUCUACAGUCUUAGGAAUAAGGAGAUUAAAAACGCCAUGAGGAAAGCUGUGAAAAGGGACCCUGUGCUUUCUCACAGGCAUUCAUUUUUCUGAACGUGGGCUAAUGUUUACAGUGAAGCCGUGAGCUGGGUCA